GCCCGCCAUGGCGCAGCCGGGCCCCGCGCCCCAGCCGGACGCUUCUCUCCAGCAACGCCUGGAAGAAUUGGAAAAAAUCAACGCUGAGUUUUUACGCACCAAGCAGCAGCUUGAGCAAGAAUUUAACCAAAAGAGGGCAAAAUUCAAAGAGCUGUACCUGGCCAAAGAAGAGGACCUGAAGAGGCAGAGCGCGGUCCUGCAGGCGGCCCAAGACGACCUGGGAAACCUCCGGACUCGACUACGGGAGGCCCAGGCGGAGAUGGAGAACAUCAAGGCCGUGGCCACCGUCUCUGAGAACACUAAGCAGGAAGCGAUCGACGAGGUGAAGAGGCAGUGGCAGGAAGAGGUGGCUUCGCUGCAGGCUGUCAUGAAAGAAACAGUUCGGGACUACGAGCACCAGUUCCACCAUCGGCUGGAACAGGAGCGAGCGCAGUGGGCUCAGUACCGGGAGACUGCUGAGAGGGAAAUCGCCGACCUGAGAAGGAGGCUGUCCGAAGGCCAAGAGGAGGAAAAUCUAGAAAAUGAAAUGAAAAAGGCCCAAGAGGACGCAGAGAAGCUCCGCUCGGUCGUGAUGCCGAUGGAGAAGGAGAUUGCUGCUUUAAAGGAGAAACUGACGGAGGCCGAGGACAAGAUUAAGGAGCUGGAGGCCUCAAAGGUUAAAGAACUGAACCAUUACCUGGAAGCCGAAAAGUCUUGCCGGACGGAUCUGGAGAUGUACGUAGCCGUCCUGAACACCCAGAAGUCGGUCCUGCAAGAAGAUGCCGAGAAGCUCCGGAAAGAACUGCACGAAGUGUGCCGCCUGUUAGAGCAAGAGCGUCAGCAGCACAACCAGCUGAAGCACACGUGGCAGAAGGCCAACGACCAGUUCCUGGAGUCCCAGCGCCUGCUCAUGCGGGACAUGCAGCGCCUGGAGAGCGUGCUCACCUCCGAACAGCUCCGCCAGGUCCAAGAGCUCAAGAAGAAAGACCAGGAGGAAGACGAGCAGCGGCGGCUGGACAAGGGGAAGGAGGAGCGGAAGGCGGCCGACCCGGAGGAGGAGGAGGAGGCCGCCAAAGCCCCGGCGGUGUGCGCUCUGGCCCACGAGGACCCCCUCGCCCAGUUCCCCGGCAAAGAGGCGCCGCCCGGCAGCGCCCACGGCUCCGCACACUCCCUGGACGCCGACCCGCCGCCCCCCUCCGGCGAGCCCUUCGGCCGAGCGGACGGAGACCCGUUCAAGGACGGCCUCAGGAGGGCCCAGUCCACGGACAGCCUGGGCCCCCCGGGGCCCCCGCAGCCCAAGGCCCUGGGCUACAACCACAAGGCCAAGUCGGCCGGCAACCUGGACGAAUCGGAUUUCGGGCCGCUGGUGGGCGCCGACUCGGUGUCGGAGAACUUGGACACGGCCUCGCUGGGGUCCCUGCAGAUGCCCAGCGGCUUCAUGCUGACCAAAGACCAGGAGAAGGCCAUCAAGGCCAUGACCCCCGAGCAGGAGGAGACCGCCUCCCUGCUGUCCAGCGUCACGCAGGGGGUGGAGAGCGCCUACGUGUCCCCCAGCGGCUACCGCCUGGUCAGCGAAACCGAGUGGAACUUGCUGCAAAAGGAGGUGCAGAACGCCGGAAGCAAGCUUGGCCGGCGUUGUGAUAUGUGUUUCAAUUACGAGAAGCAGCUGCAGGGGGUUCAGCUUCAGGAGGCCGAGACGCGGGAGCAGGUGAAGCGGCUGCAGGCGAUGCUGCGGCAGGCCAACGAGCAGCUGGAACGCGGGUUGCGGGACAAGCAGGAGCUGGAGGAGGCCCUGACUCAGCGCGCCGAACACGCCCAGCACCAGAUCUCCGCCCUGCUGCUGCGAGCCCAAGAGUCGGAGACCGCCCUCGGCCAGCUGCAGCAGGACUUCUCCCAGGCCAAGAGGAGCGUCCAGGAGCAGAUGGCUGUGCUGACGCAGUCCCGGGAGCAGGUUUCCGAGGAGCUGGCCCGGCUGCAGAGGGACAACGAGAGCCUCCAGGGCAAGCACAGCUGGCACGCGGCCCUGCAGCGGGCCGAGGACUUCAUCCUCCCCGAGUCCUCUGAGGAGCUCCGGGAGCUGGUCCUCAAGUACCGGGAGCACACCAUCGGGGCGCGGACCGCCGCGGACCACCUGGAGGAGAAGCUGAAGGCCGAGAUCCUCUUCCUGAAGGAACAGAUCCAAGCCGAGCAGUGCCUGAAGGAGAACCUGGAGGAAACGCUGCAGCUGGAGAUCGAGAACUGCAAGGAGGAGAUCGCCUGCAUUUCCAGCCUGAAGGCCGAAUUGGACAGGGUGAAAGCGGAGAAGGAGCAGCUGGAAGCGGGCCUGGCAGAGCGGACGCGGCAGCUGGAGGGCCUCCGAGAGCUCAAAGCCACGGCCGAAGAGCAGCUGAGGAAGGAGGCCGCCGCUAAGGCCGACGCGGAGCAGCUGAUGUUGGAGGAGAAGGGCAAGGCCCAGCGGCUGCAGACCGAGCUGGACGUCAGCGAGCAGGUGCAGCGGGACUUCGUCAAGCUCUCCCAGACGCUGCAGGUGCAGCUGGAGCGCGUCCGCCAGGCCGACUCCCUGGAGAGGGUCCGGGCCAUCCUCAACGACACCAAACUGACGGACAUUAACCAGCUGCCCGAGACAUGACCCCCGGCGGGCGCCGCCCCCUGCGGGGGGGCACUUUUAACUCCCCUUUCUAGCGACAUUAAUUCUUAUUUAACUCUAACUCGAGGGGCCCGCGGGGGGCGGGGGGGG